AUAACAUUUUCUACUAAGCCUCGUAAACCGGUGUACUGUGCGGCCUGUGCAGCUUCGAGUCUCCGUCCUCAAAGGGCCAACGUUGUGGGAAAAAUGCGAGUGCCAUAUUUUGGUAGGGCGACUCAAGCCAACGUUACCCUUCCCCUUACACUUUUGGAACUAAUCUUCAAUGAUUCUACUCAUUGCCUGGAGCGUUGGAACGAUUCUAUUCGCUUCACCCGUCUUCCUUCAGUACCUCAUAGUGCUUGCUUCGCUACUGACAUGUGUACGCCGCCUCUGGAGACGAUACGGAUGUAGAGUUCUGUCGAGACUUCGAUCCGUAUGGGAUGAACUUCUGCUUGAGAUCGCGAGGUAUGUCAUUAGUGCUAUGAACUCUCGCGAGAUAGUUAGGUGUUAUGUUUCCAGCUUUGACCUUGCCACGUUUGCUCAAAUUGCCUGCAACUACUUCCAUACCCAGCCCUCUUGCAUCCUGAUAAUCAACACGAUUAUCCGCACUCCUGUGAUUCAGGUAACGGAAGACUUUGCGGAAACCCAUUGCAUCUUAAUCGCCACAGAUGAUGGUAUGACUGCACGAGCAGCCUUCGGUCUCAUGUUUAAAUUAUCCAGGGGAAAUUCAAGUUAUAUAGAGGAUGGAAAGAUCGUCAACUUAGUGUUCAGUGCAUUGCGUGACCCGAGUCGACGCGUUGCUGUCAGGACACUGCGAGGAGGCGAUGCUCAACGUGCCCUCCAGUUAAUUGAGAAGUUGCUGCUGAAUGAGGAUAAUUGGAGUGGCAAACCGUCCAAGCGUGGGGCACUUCGAUCUCUUUUCAUAGAGCUUGCCCAGACUUCAAAGCAGUUCCCCAACCCAUUGAUCUGCACCCUUUCGAACGUCGCAAGGUUACCUGCUACGUGCGGCAGAUAUACGGAUAUAUAUCACGGAACACUCAAUAACACGCGCGUUGCCGUUUAUAAGUCUCGCAGGCCACAUGCGCAUCACACCAGGCCUCAACUUAUGAAGAGCGACAUUCGCGAGUAUCUGCUUGGCAGCUAUCUCCGUCAUUCGAACAUUAUUCAUUUUUCCAACAUCGAUCUCACUUCAUUCCCGGGAUCGCUCUGCGGUAUCUCACCCUUAGUCGACAAAAGCGAUAAUGCCAUCCUCCGACGUAUCUCAAAUUCGAGACAAUCACCAAGCGUUUCCCAGUUGAACCGAUGGCUUCUGGACAUCGCGGAGGCCGUUAUAUACUUGCAUAGCGAAGGAGUUGUCCAUGGUAGCCUUCGAUGUGAGAAUGUGACCUUGACGACGGAUGGUAGAGCGCAGUUGUCAGGCUUCAGUCUUUCGGACUUCACAGACUACUGCACUGAGGAAGAUAGCUACUAUACUGAAGACCGCGCCUAUGAACAUGAACGUUGGCAACCGCCGGAGGUUCUGUGCCCAGAUCGCUUCAAAUCAUAUCGUCCGACCCGUGCGAGCGACAUCUAUUCCUUUGGGUGCUUCUCCAUGGAGUUAUACAAUAGAGCACCGCCAUUCCAUUACAUGUCCAAAAUGGCGAGAAGAAGCUUGGUCAUCAGUGGCAACAUAGUUCCCAUUCGCCCACGCACGCCGGAAAACGUCGAGAUGCCUGACGCGCUGUGGGACUUGGCAGUCCAAUGCCUAUCAUCUACUCCAGACAGCCGCCCCCAGAUGAUUGCUUGGAGACGUAUUUGCGGAGGAUGAUGAAAGCAGAAAGCAGCCUCAGUGAGCCUUCAAGCAAUUUCAUAGUAGUGUUUGAAUUACAUUGAUUUCAUCAUGUGUAUCUCAUUCCCCUGCAGGUGCAAAGUAGAGAAUCGUACCGUAUAGUGGCGCAGAUGGAUGAGUAAGGUUGGGAACCGAUUGACUUCCGAUAACAACCUCGGCUUCGCCGGCCACUGCAUUAUAACUUAUAAGUGCAUUGCAGCUAUAGUACUAGUAUGUACGCGAAAACUGUGCUUUUGACGCAUCACAUUGGACUCGGAAGAAGUCGUGGUGAACGUCCAUUGUUUGCCAUAAUAGUCAUGUCUUUGUGAAUGCGGUUGAUGGGCAGGACAUUAACAUUUCACAUCAGCGUCUGUACCUAAGUUCGGUGGCUAUAAGUAGGCGACGGGAACUUUAACAUGCUAUAAUGGAACAUCGUGCAUCAGCUGCC